AUGGCUGGUAAGAAGAACGUUCUGUCGUCGCUGGCGGUUUACGCGGAGGAUUCGGAGCCCGAAUCAGACAGUGAGGCUGGAGUGGAAGCGGCUGCAAGUGUGAUAGCAAUAGAGGAAAAAGGAGGCUUAGUGUCUGAAGCCUAUGGAGAUGAUGACUUUUCUCGACUUGAGGGAGAUCAAGAUGGCUACGAAGAAGGAGACGAAGAAAACAGCAGACAAUCGGAAGAUGGCGAUUCAGAGACUGAAAAGCCCGAGGCUGAUGCCCUAAAGGAGUUUGCAGAACUGGAGAAGAGAGAUCCUCAGGAGCUGGUUGCUUCCUUCUCUGAGAGAGUCAGGAACAUGUCUCCUGAUGAGAUUAAAAUUCCCCCAGAGCCACCUGGCAAAUGCUCAAAUCACCUCCAGGACAAGAUACAGAAACUAUAUGAGCGGAAAAUAAAGGAAGGGAUGGACAUGAACUACAUCAUUCAGAGGAAGAAGGAAUUUCGGAAUCCCAGCAUCUAUGAGAAGCUUAUCCAGUAUUGUUCGAUUGAUGAACUUGGCACCAAUUAUCCCAAGGAUAUGUUUGAUCCUCAUGGAUGGUCUGAGGACUCUUACUAUGAAGCAUUAGCUAAAGCACAGAAGAUUGAAAUGGACAAAUUGGAAAAAGCCAAAAAGGAGAGAACAAAAAUUGAGUUUGUGACAGGUACCAAAAAAGGCACCACAAGUAAUGCCACAGCCACAGCAAUCACCUCAGCCAGCACCGCAUCCAGCACCGGGGCUACAGAUGCUCAGAAAAGAAAGAGUAAGUGGGAUUCUGCUAUCCCAGUGACUACAAUAGCCCAGCCUACAAUCCUUACCACAACAACUCCCCUGCCAGCCGUUGUCACAGUGACAACCAGUGCUAGUGGCUCCAAAACUACUGUCAUCUCAGCUGUCGGCACCAUUGUGAAGAAAGCCAAGCAAUGAUAGAUACGUUGACCAUAUAUUUUCCUUGAGGGACAAUUCCCCGGGGACCUUGCCACAACUAUGAACCUUAGGUGUGGAAUCCCGCCUUGGAUGGACGAUUAUAUGCCCUCACUGGACUAAGAGUUUCCAAAG